ACAACAUCUAAAUUCCUACUAAUUUUUAUAGGCCUUUGUAUUUCGCAUUGGAAGGUGGUAGCUGAAGUAAUAUUUUCAUAACCUUUUCAGAUGAAGUCAGUGACGAUUUUUGUAGCUUCAAUUAUUCUUAUGAUGUUGAUCAUCACGUCUUCAUUGGCGGACGACUCAAGUUUUUGCGACCAGAAAUGUGCGACCCGAUGCUCCAAGGCAGGGCGGGCAGACCGUUGCCUGAAAUAUUGCCACAUAUGUUGCGAUAAGUGUGGUUGUGUGCCAUCGGGAACUUACGGAAACAAGGACGAGUGCCCUUGUUAUAGAGACAUGAAAAAUUCUAAGGGCGGACCUAAAUGUCCUUGAUUAUCAUAAAUUGAAACUACUCAAUUAUUGUAUCCGAAUUCUACACACUAGUAUACAGUUUUAUGUGGAGGCUUAAUGUGAGAUUAAUGAGACAUACUAUGGAGUAGGGAGUAGUAUGUUGCUCAUAUAUGAUCAGUAAAAUAAAAUGCUCUUACCUAUU